CAGGCCGACUCCGGAGUUCUUCGCCGCUUUCAGUCAGUCAACGAGCGAACGCCCGCGCGGUAACGUGUACGUGCGGACCCCUAGUGCGCGCUCCGUUGCCAGUUGAGAGUGUACAGCAGAGGUGUGUGUUUCGUGGAUUCAGUGCGACACAAAUACAUCUCUUAUUGGGUCACCCCAAUUAGGGAGCAAUUAAUGACAACCUAAUAAUAAAUGCGUGAUCAAAGCCGAUGUGGAGUAAUCAAUCGAUUAGUAUGCCAAAGCAGUUGAGUGCGAACUUUACGGUAUCGGUCGUUACGGACGUCCGACGUGGUGGAAUAUAAAAUCGGAUUGUGUGUGGUGCUAUGACUCGGAAGACGAGUGGACGCGGCCCGCUGUGGCUGCUGGUGACGCUGGUGCUAGCAGUGGUUCUGGAUACGUGCGGCGGCAUGGGCGGACAGUGUCCCGCAGUGUGCACGUGCAAAUGGAAGGGUGGUAAGCAAACCGUGGAGUGCACCGAUCGUGCGCUUAUUACAAUUCCGGAAAGCGUCGAUGCUGAGACGCAAGUGUUGGAUCUAUCCGGGAACAAUCUACAGAUCCUUCCGCGAGAGACGUUCGUGCGUGCGGGAUUGCUCAAUCUGCAACGCGUUUUUCUGCGGAGCUGUCGCAUUGGCCAAAUUGAUGACUUGGCCUUUCGUGGCCUGACCAACCUCAUCGAGCUGGACUUGUCCUACAAUCUGCUGACGGCCAUCCCAGCGGGGACGUUCCAAGACGUGCCCUUCUUACGCGAUCUAAUCCUCUCCCACAACCCCAUUCAGAAGAUCGACGGCCAUGCAUUUCAGACAGUACCGGGUUUGGUCAAGUUGGACCUGUCCAACUGUGAACUGCAGGUGGUGGCGCCAAAGGCUUUCGAAGGAAUCGAAUUACUGGAAUCGUUGAAACUGAACGGCAACAGACUCUCGGAUCUUAGACCGCGCACGGUCGAAACGCUUAGCCGGCUGCAUGGCGUCGAGUUGCACGACAAUCCGUGGAACUGCGACUGCAGGCUGCGACCGGUCAAGGAAUGGCUAACGCAUCAUAAUAUCCCAUAUCCGAUUGCACCGGUUUGCAGUGGUGGGCCGGAACGGGUCAUUCAUAAAACAUUCGCUGAACUACAUGUGGACGAUUUUGCAUGCAAACCGGAGAUUCUGCCUGUCAGCAGGUACAUCGAAGCAACGGCCGGUGACAACGCUACUAUCAUGUGCCGAGCUAAUGCCAUCCCAAUGGCGCACAUAAAUUGGUACUGGAAUGGGCGCCUACUAGUGAACAAUUCGGCAUUCAGCACGCACCAGAAAAUAUUCAUCUUCGAGGAGGGGCACUUCGAAAAACGAAGCAAUUUGGUACUAACCAAUGCCCUCGAGACUGAUUCCAGCGAGUUUUAUUGCGUGGCUGAGAAUCGUGCCGGAAAUGCGGAAGCGAACUUCACGCUGCGCGUUAGCAUGCGUUCGGCGGGAAUGGUCUCUCUCGGGAACGGCCAAAUCGCCGGGUUGAGUGCAGCGUUGGUGAUUCUGAUUCUAUUCAUCCUUCUGGUGAUCCUCGUAUUGCUAAUCCGCCUGCGCCGCAUGCCCUUCUCGGAGAGUAAGACACCGGGCCAGAUUGAGGUUGUGACGGUGGUGAAUGGCGGCGGGCCGCCCAACGGCAAGGGCGCCAUCUCACCCAGCAACCCCGCCACUGAAACCUCCUCGUUCUCGGAGCGCAAGAUACCCACCGAUCUCAACUUUUGCAAUCCAGUACAGAAACCACCACGCGUGAAUGACAUCUCCUACACGACGGCACACUACAACGGCAAUGGCAGCAUCAUGAACCCAGGCUCCUGUUUCGUGUCACCAUCACCAGGCUCUGGCAACAAUCCGGAUCUGAUCAACGAUACAAAAAUGAUGGGCAGUGGAGAAGUUGGACCCGGGGCAGCUACUACCAGCGAAGAAGGAUACACAGUCGAACCGCUAGAAAGGCCUGGAAGUGGAGAAUACAGUCGCAAUGCAGAUUCCCUCUACCCUUCGGGUAUCUGGGGGGAAGUGGGCGCUGAUGUUGAUGGAUACAAUGCGCGGCACAUGAGCGCCACCAACCCAGGCUUCCACUACGAUGACAAGACACCCAUCAUCGGCGAGGCAAUACAUCCAAACGACGGCGAAGACUACCAUCAGCAGCACAAUCGGCCUGCGGCGACUGCAAAUGUCGCCAACGGCCGGUCAGCUGGCGGUUACCCCUCUGACUACGGUCUUCCGAUGGUCGACGCCAAGGCGGACACCAAAGGCGCGCCAGCGGCACCCGCCAACGCCAAGACGAUACGCGUGUGGCAGAAGGGUGCUGUCCCCGUGCUGCCGCCGGUCACCGCCUUGAAGCGCGCCCUCAGCCACAACCGCAGCUCGCCAGACGAGGGCUAUCAGGAGGGAUGCGGCACGGACGUGUAAGCGCGCCGACGAACACUUAACGCCAAAACCUUCCGACUUCCCCCGCCGGCGCGCCGCGAGGGGCGAGCGGAAAACAACAUACCAAAGACUUAACGUUCCUAUUGAACAAGACAACUAGCGACGGUUUGACUGAUGAUGUAAUACGGCUUGAGAGGUUGCUCAAUCAACGCGAAAGAAUGAAGAAUCGUUGCAUGGACGUGCUAAAAACCGUAUGAGGAAUAUAAAACUCGAAGCAAAUUACGUGUGAUAUCAUAAACUAUUUAAUUAAUGUUAUUAUACAGGAUAUGAAAGAAACGAUAUCGAUUUAACCAGAAAGGAUAUGUAUAAAUUAUUAUCAUUACGCUGUAAGUAAAGUAAUUUUUGGGAAAACAAAACAAAAAAAUACAACACAACAACAGUGAGACACGAAUAGAUGACUUGUACAUAGAGCAUGUGAAUAAUGUAUCAUAGAUAAACGCUAGAUAAGGACGAAGUAUACACAUCCGGUUGAAAAGACUGAGACUGAUUGCUGACGUAACUAGAUACAAACAAGAGUACUUUCGAAUGCAACCAGAGUAAACACGUUAAAUAAAUACGCAAAUAUGUAUCAUAUUGCAGUAAGCCGUAACACAAUCAUUGUGUUCAAUUUUUUCCUUUCACGUAACCACUGUCUUUUGUUUGCGUUAACUCUACCCAAAAUAAUCAACUAACUGUUUUAUAUGUGUACAGACCGAUUGUAUCAUACAUCUGUAAAAUAAAUGAAAAACUGAAUAGAAAUCGAUGAAUAAAGAAAAAAUUACUGAGAAAAAGUUUUCAAUGGCAAACAAAAAUAUCAGCAUGAGCAAAACAACAAUAAUUAUCGACUAAAAACAUAUUUGUAAUAAAACAUAAUGAUAUAAUAUAAGUUAUUUAUUUUUAUAUUUAUUAGAGAAUAAAGCGACUAAAAUUAACGAGACAUUGUAUCAUAGGAUUACGAUACACAUUAACGAAUAAUCAUCCGGAUGAUCAUUUCACCAGAGAAAGAAUUUAAGAAAAUCUAUGUGCAGAAGCAAAACAUUUGCACUGAUGUACCAGUUAUCCAUUGUAAUGUUCGAUGUUCAUCAAUAUGGUAUUGAUUUUAUUCAAUUACAUACUUCAUUUCAAUGAUAUACUUUUGUCUCGUACAAUUACUAAACAAUUACUAACGUAAACGAAUACGAUCUUAAUCGAGAACAUCGGAGCUGAAGUUCUAUCAAUGUCAAAUAUUAACUAAACAAUGAUAAAGAAAAAACGUAAUAAUUACUGAACGAAAUGUUUGUGUAUAAAUGAAAUAAUAUAUCAGUACUUAUCCAGUAUUCUUAAUGUUACCAAAAAUGAAAAUAAAAUGAUUGCGAUGUACAGAAAUAA